CAGCCAUUUCAGCAUGUAGCAGCAACCUUUGUUCACACUGAACCUGUUAGAUCUUAUUUGCAAGGAGGCGGAGUGAUUGUGGUCUUUGUCGCAGCUACAUUCACUCGCCUGCACUUCUGCAUUUCUCCCAGAAGCGAAACAAUGUUCAACAUUACAUUAGAAAAUGGAACGGAGCUGGAUAUGAGGAACACGGCGUACGCUGUGGUGUUUGGAUCUGUGAUGACGCUGGGUCUGCCACUCAAUGCGGUCUCGCUGUGGAUUCUCUUACGGAGCCACAACCUCAAAUCCCCCAGUGCCAUCUUCAUGGUCAACCUGGCCAUCUCUGACCUGCUGCUCGUCAUCUCCUUACCCAUGAGGGUCCACUUUUACGCCACGGGCGCCUGGCCUCUGGGCAGGAUGGCAUGCAUCUGGAUCACAAUGCUCUUUCGCAACAACAUCCGCUCCAGCGCCAUCUUCAUCACCUUCAUCAGCGUGGACCGGCUGCUGGCUGUGGUUUAUCCUCUGAGGUCGCGCCAUCUUCGAACCGCUUCUAACGCCUUGAAAGCUGUUGGGCUCGUUUGGCUGUUUGUGGUGGUGGUGAACAUCCCAGAGAGCGUUGGAUUUUCAAGAUUUUUAAACGACUACAAUGAAUCCACCUGUUUUGAAUUUCGUCACCAUCUCCAGUACCAUCAGAUUCGUCGUGGAUCAGUAAUGGCUUAUGUUCUGCCUGCGUUAGUGUUCACCAUGCUGGCAGUCAACAUCGUGUCCACUGCUCUGGUGUCUUUGACUCUACGCAGACAUCUGAGUGUCUCCGCAAGGGUCAACAACAAAGUGAAUGUCAUGCUGGUUUUUGCCAUGAACUUGAUGAUGUUCACUAUAUUUUUCUUGCCCGUGUCAUUGUUUAUUUUCUUUAAAAGCUGGGGCCCUGCUCUCACGCCACUGAUAUGUCUCGCUAGUGUGAACUGCUGUCUGGAUCCUCUGUUGUAUUACUUCUCUUUUGAUGGUUUCUGGAAGAAAAAAGAGGAUGUGGAUAGUUCUGUUAUGAGAUAACAUUUGGUGAUAAAAAUAGACGGGGACAGAAUUUGCAUUAUUUGUGUCUGGAUGUGUGACAUAAGCUGAAAAACGGAAUCAUAGUAUAUUUUAUAAAUAAAAUUCUCACUUUCACAUUA